UGAUACGCGGAGCUGCGAUGUAGAGUAGAGCCAUUGAAGUGAGUCAUCUCAAUGUGCGACCCGCCGAAGUAACACCGAACUUCACUUAAUCGCCGAAAUCAGUUCAACAAAGUCCAGAGCGGUACACUCAUCGUUGCCGUGAGUCACUGCUAAAGCGACAGAACUAAACCUGGGAGAGUUCACUGAAGAACAGUAGGUGCUUCGUAUAUUUUUUCCCCGUUUUCUUCUGGGAACAUCUCAGUGUCUAUAAUGAUUAUGUAUUAGUUUUGCAAGAGGUCUAUCUAUUUUUUGGACUAUGUAAGAGACUAUUAAGGGCAUUGGCAUCUCCUAUAAUAGAAUAUUGCUGUACUUUGAAGGUACAUACAUCGUUCAUUAAAACGUAUUUUGGAUAUCGUUUUUAGAGUAGACAUAAAGGAACCUCUUUGCUUGGAAGUGCUUUUUUGCGACUGAAGAUACUCGUGGGGGAUUUCAUUGUCAACCUUCUGAAAAUCCCUCCUCUUUCCCUGGAUCAUGUACCAGGAUUACACCGGUACAUACGACACAUCAUCCCGCGGCAGCAGCAGCUCACCGGCGCAAGCAGACACCAGCCCAAUCAUUGCCUCCACCUACCAGAAGUACAGAGUAGACAUGCCUGGCUCUAGCAGUGCCUUUAUUCCAACUAUUAAUGCCAUAACUACCAGUCAGGACCUGCAAUGGAUGGUUCAGCCCACAGUAAUCACCUCUAUGUCUAAUCCAUACUCCCGGCCUCACCCAUAUGGUCUGUCCGUGUCUAGUGGCCCAAGCCUCCUUGGUCAUACAGCCCUAACAAGACCUGGGGUUAUCCGAUCCAUUGGCGAUGCCCGGGGGCGACGCAAGAGAGACGAGCAGCUCACUCCAGAGGAAGAGGAAAAACGGAGAGUAAGGCGAGAAAGAAACAAGCUAGCUGCAGCAAAAUGUCGAAACCGAAGAAGAGAACUGACUGAGAUGCUCCAAGGGGAGACAGAGAAGUUAGAAGGAGAAAAGGCUGACCUGCAAAAAGAAAUCGAGACACUCCAGAAGGAAAAGGAUAAGUUAGAGUUUAUGUUGGUGGCCCACACCCCUGUAUGCAAGCUACCCCCUGAAGAACGACACCAGAGCUCUCACAGCCAGCAGUGUGCACCUCUUUCUGUCACCAUGCGCUCCAACCUGGUUUCCCGAAGCCUAAUGAACAGUCUCAGUCCCGUGGUGGUGAAGCAGGAGCCUUUGGAGGAAGAUGAUGAAGAGGAGGGAAAAGUCCAUCAUUCAGUCAUCAAGCCAAUCUGUCUAAGUAGUGGCAUGUUUUGUUCUGAUGGAGACAGUCUCAACACACCUGUGGUGGCUGCCUCUACACCCGUAUCCACCACCAGCAACCCCAGCCUCAUCUUCACUUACCCCAACAUACUGGAACCUGAGAGCCCUUCACCAUCGUCAGAGUCCUGCUCCAAAGCACACCGACGUAGCAGUAGCAGUGGCGAUCAGUCUUCAGAUUCCCUCAAUUCUCCUACCCUGUUGGCGCUUUGAAGGAAAACUUUCAGGAUCUCCCUAUCACUUUCAGCUGGGAUUUGAAGCUCUAUGAAGCUUGAGAACUCUCAAGGGCUAAUUUGCUCAUUCUAGUGUAUCUAAUGGGAGGAAUUUGUUUUGUUUAAAUGUAUGUGCAAAUUUCAAACACUAUUUCAGCUAUGAAUAGUGGUGAGGUUUUUUACUGAACACGAAUUAAUAGCGGAGGAGGGAUUAAAUCAUUCAUCUUUUAAAAGACUUGCAGUCAAUGCAUAAUAAAGCCAUUGGCCACCCGUUCAGGUGCAUGACAGGUUACUAAUUACCGCAAUCCUUCUGACUUAAAACAGAGAGUAGAAUAUCUUGAAAAAUUAUUUCCUGGUAGGUACAGAAUCCAACAUUGGCCACUAUGUUAGAUGACUGCCCCUAAAACAUAAUUGCCUUUGUACUUGUGAAGAUUACGUGUGUGAAUAUUGUCUCAAUGUAUUUUGGUCCUGCUGUUUAUACUGUUGAGGGUUCACUGGAUGAGCCUAAAUGCCAGGUGUUAAACGAACCACCUUGUUUAAUAAAAGACCGAACGUUGUUGAUAUUUUGUACAUGCAGCACAAACAAAAUUAGCCACAUAGCUUUUGAUAUUUUUGAAAAAAGCACUCAUUAACAUUGGUAAAUCUACUGUCAAGGGUUUUUGUACAUACAAGAACUCAAAUGAAAUCAGAAUAUAUAAGUGUACACAAGGGAAACUCUGGCUAUAUUAUGCUCUGCCUCCAACCCUGACAUGGCAAUACUGCUUUUGUAUUGGUGCACACUGUGGUUUUGAAAUGAAAAGAUGAAUAUGUUUAGCUUUUAUAAUGGAUACUUUUAUGCCUGGAUCGAUAGAUGCCCUUUUUGCAGGGUACAGCUUGAACUGAAAUAUAUAUCAGCCAUAUGAGAACCUCUCACUGAAACACUGGUUGUCUGUACAGCUGUACUUGGGAACAGAUGCACUUUGUUAUCUACCUUACAAUCAGAUAAAAUGACAUUCCUUACAAAGUCAUAUUAAAUUAUACUUUGAUGCAAUACUUUAGGUGAGCGCUUCAGAUAAUACUAAUUGCAAUAUUUCUAAAUCAAUUAUUCCAAAACUUUGUAAAAGGACAACUCAAGGUUGUUGUUUAUUGUCGUUACAGGGAAUCAGUGGGAGUAUUUUGUUGCGCAAGAUGCAGCAAAAUGAAAAAAAUUGCUGCUUGACUGGUCUUUGUUUGAAGGACAUCUAUAUUGCUUAUUUAUUGUCAGGAACUUUUCAAAGAGAUACAAUUUCAAUGUUUGUUAUAUCAAACGUUUGAGAGAUUCUUGUUGCAAACUACUUUGAUACAAAAAAAGAGAAAAUGUCUGAGGAUUGUGUUUUGUAAAUUGUUUUUGGUCAGUCUUUGAACCCUCUGUAAUUUAAACAAGCCAUCUGUACAGCUUUCUUCAUGUUAGAAUUGUUCUCUUUUUAGAAAUUGCUCUAAUUGUUCAACUUAAAAGACAGAAAAUAACCAACAAAAACAGCAAUAUUUAAAGCAGUGUUUGUUCCUAAUUUCGAAUAAUUAUAAUAAUAAUAAAAAUAUUUCAAAAGUGGUA